CCAAAAUUUAGCCUUCAUCUCUCCCAACUUUGAACUUCCCAUCUUUUCACCACAAACGACUUUUAAAAUGCCUCCGAAACGCAUGACUGCGAAUCCAAUUAAGGCGCCGCGUUAUAGACCCGGCAAAGUCGUCGCAGAAGCAGAUUCAUCCUCUUCAGAAUCCGAGUCCGAAUCCGAAGCGCAAGCUCAGAAGCCAAUUUCUGCACCUCCAAAGGUCACCACUGCUGGUGGCAUAACGAGUAAUCUCUCCAAAGUAGAUCUCAAUGAGCGACGGAAUGCCGCUGCUGCGAAAGAAGCAGCGAGGAUUGAGGAAGAGAAAAAACUGAAAGCUGGGGAAGAAGAGGGGUUUGUUACCGAGGAGGAAAGUGAAGAGGAAGAUGGCAGUGGCGAGGAGGACGAGGAUAGUGAAGAGGAGAGUAGUGAGGAAGAAGCGCCGAGACGGGUGAUGAUGCGACCGACGUUUAUCAAGAAGAGUCAGAGAGGGAUUGGGAAUGCUGCGAAGGAAGCAUCUAAGACUGAGGAUGAGUUAGCGAAGGAAGAAGAGGAUCGGAAAAAAGCUGCUGCGGAUGAGUUAGUGGAGGAGCAGAUUCGGAAAGACAUUGCGGCUCGCGCAGCAGGAAAGAAGAAUUGGGACGAUGAGGAAGAGGUUGAUGAGGUCGAUGAUACAGAUGAUGUCGACCCUGAUGCCGAAUACGCAGCAUGGAAAUUGAGAGAGUUGAAACGGAUCAAGCGGGAGCGAGAAGCUAUCGAGGAACGAGAAAAGGAACUCGAGGAAGUCGAGAGGAGGAAGAAUCUCACAGAGGAAGAACGAAAGAGAGAGGACGAAGAAUAUAUUGCCAAGCAGAAAGAGGAGAAAGAAGGCAAGGGCAAGAUGGCAUACAUGCAAAAGUACUACCACAAAGGUGUCUUCUACCAAGAAGAUGCGCAAGCUGAAGGACUCGACCGAAGAGAUAUUAUGGGAGCAAGAUUUGCAGAUGAUGUCAACCGGGAGCUUCUGCCACAAGCUUUACAAAUGAGAGAUAUGACAAAAAUCGGCAAGAAGGGCGCUACGAAAUAUAGGGAUCUGAAGUCCGAAGAUACAGGCAAAUGGGGUCAAUUUGACAACAGAAGGAAAGGAGAUUUUGGAGGUUUUAACAGCGAUGAACGAUUCAUGUCAGAUAGGGAUCGAGAUCGAGCUGGAGCUAGUGGUGCAAACAGUAUGCCAGUAGGAGAGAGGAAGAAGGUUGUAGGUGCCCCUGAAGGUCCUCGAGCUAUGCGAGAAGGGAGCGAGCGAGACGGUGAGCGUUCUCGAGAUGGAGGUGACUCGUAUCGACCCAACAGAGAUCGCAGUCGCUCAAGGUCACCAAGACGAGAUCUUGAUGAUCGACAUCGUCGGAAACGAAGCACUUCAAGAGAUUCAGACCGAUAUGAGAGUGACAAACGUCGAAGAAUAGAUUCGAGGUAACGCUGUAUGAUGAAACGAU